AUGGCCUCUCCUUCAUGUCCAGAUUAUGCAGAAUACUCCAAAGUAUUUCAUAGACCAGGUAGUGGUGGUUUACUUGAUUUGCCUUUUCAACGACCUGCUGAAGCCUGCAGAAAGUUCACUAGUACAGUGAUUGAAUCUGUUAUUAGUAACAUUACAUCAAAGAUUGCAGACCUGGAUUUAGCUCGCCUGUUCACCAAUGCUUAUCCAAACACCUUGGAUACGACGAUUGAAAGCACUGCCUGUAUUGCCCUGAGUGACAAUUGUCAUCCGCUGUCGUUUGUUAUCACGGGUGACAUUAAUGCAAUGUGGCUUCGUGAUUCAGCAAAUCAACUCUUGCCUUAUAUUGAUUACAUUAAGCAUGAUGUGAACCUAAAGAGGCUAUUUCUAGGUGCCAUCUACAUGCAAGCUCAAUUCAUCAAUACAGAUCCUUAUGCAAAUGCUUUCAAAGAGCCAAACAAUCUGGAAGCUUUGGCAACAUACACACACUCACAGCAGCUCGGAAAAAGAGAAGUGCAACUAUUAGAUGGAGUUUUCGAAAGGAAGUGGGAGAUAGAUUCCUUGGCUUCCUUUAUGAGUUUAUCUUAUCAAUAUUGGAAUCAAACUGGCGAUGCUUCUUUCGUGGAAAAUUCCAUCUGGAUUGAUGCAGUGGAAAAUGCGCUGAAUACUAUCAAAUUGCAGCAAGACCCAACCUUCAACACAACAUCAGGAGAAGCUCUUCACACGGAUUAUGUGUUUUUCCAAGUAGCUGAUAGACCAACAGAGACUCAAUUUUUGAAUGGUCGUGGUCAGCCAGUUAAGCAUACGGGCUUGGUCAAAAGUUUGUUCAGGCCUUCAGAUGAUGCUACUGUAUUCCCAUUCUUUAUUCCCGGAAAUGCUAUGCUGUCAGUUGAAUUAGAUCAUGUGUCUCAACUACUUUCGAUAUCUGCAGCUGCAACUGCUCAGAAAUCAUCUAAAAUUCAAGCAUUAGCUUCAGAGACAUCACGUUUAUCUAAGGAAAUUAAGGAUGCUAUAUACAAGUACGGGCUGAUUGAUCAUCCUACUUAUGGCAAGAUAUUUGCUUAUGAAGUCGAUGGCUAUGGCUCUUCUCUCAUUAUGGAUGAUGCUAAUAUCCCAUCUUUGUUGUCGCUCAGUUUGAUUGGGUUUUUGGAUCAGAAUGACACCAUUUAUCAAAACACACGCAAGCUGGUCUUAUCAAACGAUAACCCUUAUUAUUUCUCAGGACCCCGUGGUUCUGGCAUAGGUGGACCUCAUGUUGGAUUAGCAUACGCCUGGCCAAUGUCUCAAAUUGUGAGGAUUCUCACAUCAGCAGAUGACAAUGAGAUCAAAGAGGCCUUGAGUAUUAUUCUCAAGUCUACAGAUAAUACUGGUCUGAUCCACGAAUCAUUUAAUGUGUAUCGACAAAGAGGAGGUGAUAAUAACAGUGGCUACACUCGCUCAUGGUUUUCUUGGGCUAAUGGAUUAUUUGGUCAAGCAAUUAUGAAACUCAUGAAUGAAAGGCCGCAUUUACUUGUAAAUCAGCAACAAUAG